AUGCGCGUCGGCGCCAAAGCCGCAGUCUACGUCACCGCCGUCCUCGAGUAUCUUACCGCCGAAGUCCUGGAACUGGCCGGCAACGCGGCAAAGGAUCUGAAGGUCAAGCGCAUUACGCCGCGCCACUUGCAGCUCGCUAUCCGUGGUGACGAGGAGCUCGACACACUCAUUCGCGCCACCAUUGCCUUUGGUGGUGUGCUGCCGCACAUCAACCGUGCUCUGCUGCUCAAGGUUGAGCAGAAGAAGAAGGGCAAGGCGGAGUAG